GAGGUUUCAAGAACUCUGACGGAUUCAUCUCUAGGGCACAACCACUAAAUUAUCCAACUCUCGGAUGAUGCAAUAAUCACCCGCACAUACUCUUCAGAUUCUCAUUUCAUCUCAAUUAUGCAAUAAUCAUCUGCCUCCGUCAUCGAUUUUGUUCCAAGGUGUUAUGGUUGCAACUCCUCCGUCACAGAACCCAUCCAUGUCGAGUGUAUAGAACGUAAAACUCGUCAUUUAUCAUACAUGGAUGGCAGAUUAUCUGUUGAACCUUUUGAUCCACCAGGGAUGUGUGCUGUAUGCCAUAGAACACUUUCAUCCGAGAAUGAUCCUAUUGACCUUCAAGCUAUCGGUAUCUGUGGAGAUUGUAAGUUUUUGUUUCUUGAAGAUAGUGGCACCCCAUCACAGGACAUUCAACAAAGGGUUCCUAGAGUAAGACGAACAAGAUACACCAACAGUUCAGAAUCAAUCGAAAACAUGUUUUCAAACCAGUUUUCAGCUAUGAUCAAUCUGGCCAGACGCAGCCAGCCUGCUGUUUCCGAGCUCGAUAAUCAGUCCGUGGAUAGUGUGCAGCGUACAAGUUCUCGUACAACUCCUAGUGGAUCGAGAAGAUGGAGGAGAGUUCUUUCUGAUACUGAAAGUGAUGGUUUUGACUCUGUUUAUGGUGAGAGUGAUGCCAUCUCUUAUGGGGCUUACGGAGGUGAUUCGGAUGCUUCUGUGGAUAUUCCUAGUUUUCUUGGCGACAGUGAUACUGAUAUUGACCCUAUGCACGCUGGUUUAAACCAGUGGAGCUCGGAUGAUGAAGAAGAUGAUGAAUGGGAAGAGGUUGAACCUGGUGAAAACACACUUGGAUCUUUGAUAGCUAGAGUUCAACUCCAGAGAUCAUUGGAAUCCAAUGGACAAAAUCCUGCCAUCAACUGGCAAACGGAGACGUACUCUUCCGAGAUUGAGGGUGGAGUUCGUGUUAGAAUCAGGGAAGGAAGACACGUUCAUAUUCCGAACCCAUUUGGUACCAUGGAGGACCAAGAAAGAUCGCCUUUUGUGGGACAUUCUGGGGACUAUCUCGAUGCUAGAAGCUUUGAAGAACUGGUGGAGCGGUUAGCUGAGGCUGAUAGUUCAAGGCGGGGAGCACCGCCUGCGGCGGUUUCAGUUGUGAAUAAUCUUGACCGUGUGGUGGUUAAUGAUGGGGACCAUAAUGGUUCAGCGUGUGCCAUUUGUAAGGACUUGCUGUCUGUUGGUACUGUGGUGAACCGACUCCCUUGCCUUCAUCUUUACCACCCGUCGUGCAUCAAACCAUGGUUGAGUGCACGUAAUUCUUGCCCACUGUGUCGGUACGAGCUUCCAACCGAUGAUAUGGACUAUGAGAACCAGAAACAAAAUGGAUCGAGGGUUCAAGAAACAGAACAGCUGGAUGAGGAUGCCAUUUUUGAAGAGUAUGAAGCUCCGGAAGUUGUGAAUGAUGGUGGUGGAAGAGGAACAGGUGGUGGACGGUGGUUGUUUGUGGCAGCACCGAUUGUGACACUAGUGGGCGUGGCUCUUGCUUUGUGGUUAGGCAACCGUGGCGCCAUUCGGAGUUCAGGUUCCUGCACUUCUGGUCAAAGGGGCCAUAGAAGCAGGAGGUGGUGGUCUCUGUUUUAGUUUGGCUGAGUUGUGGGACUAAUAAAAUGAUAAUAAUAAACUGGUGGAAUUGGUUUUCUUGUUCUGUUUUUUGUUUAUGGUGGUUACUUUGAGCUUAACAUUUGUAUAGAAUUUUGCUUGUCAUUCGGCGGACGUCCGUAUCUUGAUGAUAUGUUGACUCAUUAAUACAUGUUCUGGAUUUUG